AUGCCAUUAUUUGACUACUCUAUUGUUGAAUGCACUGCCGAGUUGAUUUAUAAUCGCACAUUUUUGGGUCAAGAAGAUCAUCCAUUGGAAGAAGAUUACUAUGCGAGCAUGAUUAAUGUUUAUUAUCACAAACAUCAUCUGGAAACUGACUACGGGUUGAACUGCACUCCGAGUUACGAGCUUUGGAGGUUUAGAAAAUAUCCGUUGUGA